UUUGCGCUUGAAGUUGUGUGGUGCGGGUCGCAGCGUCCGCAGAGAACAUUGUUAUUAACUCGAAUGUCGCCUUGGCCGGGACGGUAACGCAAUCAGCUCUGGAAAGCUAUUUAUUAAUUUUUCUGAUGAAUUCAGAGGAAAACAAGAUACAAAAUAUCAAAAUUACCAAUCGCGUUCACGUGUGUGAAACAUUUGAAACCGCAGCCCCUACCCAACACUGGACCCAGCGGCGGCAGGAUUACAACAGACGCCAACCCCAACACACCAGCCAGCCAGCCCCAUCCAUCAGCUGUGCGGCAAUGCCAACAAAAUGAACAGUAAAGAACAAGCAGCAGGCCGGGUGGAAUUCAAACGCAACUCAAAUGCCUACGCUAGUCUACCACCCACACCAUCGACAUCCUCCUCGGCAGCAGGUGCCUCCACAGGACACACAGCGGGCAAGCCGCGCAGACAGCAGCAACAACAACAAGAGGAGCCAGAGCGUUAUGGACUCUCGCACAGCCUCUCGAGCGAAUCGAUCCGGCAGUCCUGCGACUAUUACGACGACGAACUGAGCGAUGAGGAUCUGAUUGAGAUCCAGCAAACACCACAGGGCUUCCACCAGCAGAAGCAGAAGCAAAAACAGCAGAAGCAGCCGCUACAACUGCAACCCAUUAGCUUUAAGAUGGAGAUACACGAGGACGACCGAAGUGCCUUCUGUGGCAGCCAGGAGAUGCAGCCGCCGCCCCUGAGUACGCCCAUCAAGCGAGAUCAGGCCGAGACGAACGAGGCCGAGCUCUGUGUGCUGAAUGAACUGGACGCCAUACUGGACGUGCACGGUGCCUCGCAGCUGAAUGGCAGCUCCUCUCGCACCAACUCCCCAUCGCUGAACAGUGCCAGCGACGAUGACAAGGUGGAAGACUAUCUCAUGGAUCUGGACAACUAUCUGGAGGAAAUGGACAAUGCCCUGAGUCGAGAGGACUCUUUGGUCAUCAUUGAUGGCCACUCAAGCCUCAAGCGAGAGCCAAGAACGCGCACCCUGCCGCUGAGUAGGAAACGAAAGGCACACAAAAAAUCCGCCCUUGAUGAUGAUGCCACGUCCAGUGGCCUGAUGGGCGACGGAGACUUCCAGCGGGAGCAUCAAAUACGGAAGACCUUUAGCUGCUCCCUGAGGCCCAGCACAAGCCAAGCGGCCUCCCUGGAAGCGCCGCCUGACGAGCCAGUCGCCGAUGUCUGGUGUCGUCAGUCCUUGCGACGCGCCAUGGAGCAGCAGCACCACUCAGAACCAGAUGAGACCAAAGCCACACUGGGGGAGGAGGAUGACUUGCCCACAUUGCUAGUGGAUUUACAGCCCAGGCGGGAGGCGGAUAUGCGACGUUGUUUUUCGCAGGGCGAUUGCCCAGGAUUGCAACAGGAACCACAACAGUAUGGCUCGGAGAUGCUCACCGAUGCUCACAUCUUUGAUAAUCUCCUGCAGAACGAACAGCGGACGGCGGCGCGUGCCUCGAGCGAGGAGCGACCCCGGCAAUAUGGUCGCCGCCUGGAGGGACCUCCCACGCCGGCUCGUGGCAGCAUAGCUGUGGGCCAGAGCCGUCCACAGAGUGCCCCAACGAGGGUGUAUUUGCCGGAGCCGGAGACGCCGACGCAUCAAAUGAUGACCACCUGCUCGGAGCUGAGUUCGGCCCGCUCCUCCCGAAUGCCCAGCCCCUUGUCCCUGGUCUCGGAUAGCAGCAGCAGCUCGGUGAGCACCCACGACCAGGAGGAUCAGGAUCAGGAUCAGGUGGAGCUGCAGGCGCAGAGCACCACCAUGUGCAGUGCCAGCAGCACCACCCCCUUGGAGCCGCUGCAUCUGCCGCUCAGAGAGAAGUGCGGCUUCAACAGCCAGUGGCCGCAUGCCGCCAGUCGCGCUCUGGCCCUGAUGGCCUGCACCCUCGGAGUGUUCAAUUUGUGCCGCUUUGCCGUGCUCACCAUGAACUAUGGCGGCAACUUCUUGCUCCAGUUCCUGAUGCUCUCCAUUAUCUUUGGCAUACCGAUCUUCUGGCUGCAGAUGUGCCUGGGGGCCAAGAUCCGUGCCGGCCCUGUAUCCAUGUGGAAGAUCAGUCCGAUCUGCUCCGGCGUGGGCAUUGCUUUGGUCAUGGUCCAGUGCUUCCUGGCCAUCUACUCGACGGUGUCGAUUGCCUGGAUUCUGGUCUAUCUGCGGGACGUCUUUCCCACAGCCCAACGCAUCGGCUACCCCUGGCAGGAGGUGGCCUUUCCCUUUUGGAAUCACACGGCCAACUCCACCGGGAAUCUCACCCAAACGGUGGCCGAGUACUUCAAUAUUGUGGUCCUACAGCGGCUGCAUCUGGCCAAGCAUCCAGAUGCGAGUGGAGUGCGCUUUCAUGUCAAUGAUCGGCAGCUGGCGUUCUACCUGGCCCUCAUCUGGGCGGGCGUCUUCCUCAUACUCUGCAAAGGACUGAAAUCUCUGGGAAAGUUUGCGUAUAUCAUCAACACCUUGCCCCUGGUGGCCCUCAUGGUGGUGACAGUGAAGUUUCUCUAUGCUGUGGAUCCCACAACGCUCCAGAACAUUUUCGCUGCCAGCGAUUUUGAUGAGUUUCUGGUGAACUCCAACAGCUGGACGGCGGCCACACAGGAGACCUUCCUCACGUGGGGCCUGCUGGGUGCCUCGGUGAUAGCCAUAACCAGUCGCACCCAUGCCAGUGCCUCGAAGGCGACUCUGCGACGCGAUGCCAUUGUCCUGGUGCUGCUCACCUUUCUGGGUUUGGGCCUGAUGGCCCUGCUGGCCCUGUGCUGUGCCCAGAUUCUCUGGCAGCACGGCUACAUCUAUGUGCCAGGAUCCUUUGAAAACGCCGACAGCUAUACGUCCGUGUAUUCGCUGCAAGCGAACACCAAUCCCCAGCUGCUGUCGUAUCCACGGGCGCUGGUGCCGCACUAUUCGUCGUUCAUUGGGGAGACGUAUCGUCGGAAUCGCACCAUGAUCCAUAUUGAGAGCGGCUUCCAGGCGCUGCGCUUCAUCACCGAACUCUUUCCGGCCGUUCUAUCUCUGGCCAGCGAGAGCAUCUCCUGGGUUUGGGCUGCCGUAGCGUUCGCCCUGUUCGCCUGCUUCGGCUUGGCGCAGUUGUGUGUGAUGUGGAAGCCCAUCUCGAGUGCCCUCGGCAACUCGACCAGCUCCGUGCUGCUGAGCUGCGUCACCGGGCUGCUGCUGAGCAUUCCCUUUGCCACCGAAGUGGGAAUUUCGAUACUGUACUACGUGGACUUUCUGCUGGGCGGCUCCUGGUUUAUACCCAUCAUCUGGACGGCGCAGAUAUUUGGUGUGUUCCUGAUACGCGGACGUCCCUACAAUGGCGAUGACUUGGUGAAUGAUCUGCGCAUGUGCGGCUCCAUGUCCGCCUUCCUGGCCCUCUCCUGGAAUGUCCUGCUGCCCAUUGGCCUGAUCACGCUCUCGGUGGUCGACUACAAGGCAUCGUUGUCGAAUCAGUUCUACUAUUGGCGCGGCAAGUCGUACUUUAGCUACUGGCUGCGGAAGACGGGCAGCCUCAUCCAAAUUGGCAUUGUUUUGGUUAUUCCCGUUACGGCCAUCAUCCAGAUCUAUCGGUAUUUGACCCACGGACCUCCCGACAUUCUGGAGCGCAUUCAACUGUUGUACCGACCGCCGGAGGAGGGAGACGAGCCGCGACGUCCAUCGGCCCGGCAGGCCACAUCGCAGGGCCGUCGCAAUGCCUCCGGCCAUCAGCCGGACAAUGGCCAGCUUGACGCCCAGAACGAUGCUCCGCCCAAGUACACGCCGCCGCCAUCCUACACCACAGCGACAGGAGCUCGUUUGGCCAAACUUCUGCGCCAGAGUAUUCGACGCAGCGUGCGCAGAGUACUCGGGGGUUCUUCGAGCCGCACGCGACCCGUGCUGAGCAUCGAUGCGGAGUCUGGAUCGCCGGUGGCACCGCCCGACUAUCUGACCAUUCUAACCAAUCCGGCGGGAAGCAGCUCCCAUGCAGAGGCGGAGCUAUCGCCAGCUGGCAGCGGCAGCGGCAGCACCAGCAGUCCCGAAUCGAUUGAGAUUGGGCAACGUCCCAGCCAUGCUAGCUAUGCACAACGUUCGCAGUCCCUGGGCCGGAAGCUGCAUCGCCCAGGAUCGGAGACAGUGUCCACAUCGGCCAUGGCCACGUUGGAGCGGCGUCCGUACACCGCCGAGGAUGUGGUUACGAUUUUGCGCUCCUCAGUGCGACAUCGCCAGCCGCCGCUGCCACGUCAGGGCGGAGGCGGAGGCGGGGGACUAAGUGGCACUGCCAACACCUUGCCACGUCCGCCUGCGGCCAUGUCCACGCACCUGGAGGACGCCUCGUUCCGCUCGAUCGAGAACUUGGUGCUAAAUGCCGAGCCGCCCGACCGGACGCCCGGCGUGGAUGUGGAGGAGUGUGCGCAAAAUAAUACAUCUGUGAUUUAAUUGACUAAUUUCGUAUCGUACAGAAGCCAGUUGCUGUACGAUCCACAUAUCUGCUUGCUUUUUUUAGACUUGAUUAGUGCUAGUUAUACAAAUACGAAUAUUAGUUGUAGUUAUGCGAAUAAUAAUGAAGGAACAACUAAA